AUGUCUGCUCCGGCCACUACCCCGGCGACUACCCCUGCGGCAAAUGCUACCCAGGUCAAGGGGAUGAAGAAAAAUGGCAAGAACUGGCAUGCCACCAAGAAACCCUUCCGCCCCGGUUCCGGCCUGACCUCCUAUGCAAAGAGAGUGGAGGAGCGCAAACAGCUGGCUGCCGCCCGCAUCCAGAAGAUCAAGGAACGCCGAGCAGCCAAGGAAGAAAAGGCCCGGUAUGAGAAGAUGGCGGAGAAGAUGCACCACAAGCGGGUGGAACGACUAAAGCGCAGAGAGAAGCGCAACAAGCUGCUCAACUCCUGA